GAAACGCACAUCACAUUCACCUGUGCGCAAAGGUCAGUGCUGCCUGUGAGACGUAAGAUGAACGAGGAGCAAUUCGAGAGCGUGGAGCAGGAGGGCGUGUGCGAUGACAUCCCGGACCUUGAUUGGCUGCUGUCGGCGCCACCGGAGCCGAUCAACAUUUCCAGCUUCAACGGGCCUACGGUGCUAGCUAUCCUUGUAAUCUCCGCAACAGCGCUUGUUGUCGACUUCGCCAAGUUUCGGGCCGCGGAACUGAAAAGCACGGGCCGUUCCGAUCCCGCCGCUGCGCCCCAAGAGCGGGGAAGAGAACACGCCCAGGUCCCCAAUGGCCUUGACGGGCACGGAGGUGAUGGUGGUGGCGGCGCUGUGGCACCGCCGGAAAGGUUAAGCCGGGCGUCUGGCAGCUCCGCGGAGAACCGGGUGCAUCGUAAGAGGGCUUGCGUUCUAGCCUGGUGGAUCGUCGGGGCGCUCAUCUGUCAUAGACUGGGGUCGAUGACCUUGGCAAGGGUCUUCGCGACGAUAGGGUCGCUCGUGGCAUGCCUCCCGCACCUCCUUCGCUCCUCCAAGUACCGCCGAGAUAGGGGGCUCGGGUGUCUGCUAGAGACCGGCGACAAGCGACGUCCCUUGACGGACAUGCUCGUAUGGACGAGCUUCGUGUACUGCUUGCCCUCGGUGUACGGACUGUACGCCCAUCAGUACGGAAUAGCCGGGCUUCAGCUCAUGACCACGAUCGGGUCUACGCUGUUCCACCUGACGAGGGAGACGAAGUUCUUCAACCUGGACAACGUCUUCGCCACCAGCCUGCUCUCCACCACCGCGUGGAGCCUGUACCUAGGGGUCACGCACGGGGUCUGGUGGUAUGUGGUGGUCAUCGGCCUCGGAGGGCCCUUCGCGAUCUUCUGCAUCGUACGGUGCGGAAUGCCGGGCCUUGUCUGCAGGCACCCGGCCGGGAGCGGGCUCUGUCGACGAAGCAAUCCGGAGUACGAUUUCUUCCACAUGUUGUGGCACCUGUCGUCUGGGUUAGGGACCCUGAUAACGAUCCAUUUCUUCGAGGUUUACUUUCCGGCGGAGGAGGCCGGAGGGGGUUGGUUCUACUUCUUCCCGGACGUGCCGGUGGUGCCGACGGUGGCGCUGGCCUUGAGCGCCUUGAUAAACUUGUACGGCAACCGCGUAGGAGUCAUGCCGCUCGAGUGA